UCUUCAGCUCAUAUCACAUAGACCGCUUACGUUUCACAAUGCUAUGAAUAUCAGAGGAGAUCUGCGCCGAAUGCACUAGAGCGAAGUAGAUAGCGAACCCUGCUAGACAGCGAUAAACAGAGAUAUAAGUCCGCGAAUCCGAAUGGUUUUAACAGUAACUUUAACAGUGUGGAAAGACAAAACGCAUUUUGUGUAUACGCAUAAACCUACCUAAUUAGAUAUAAAAGAAGAGCCACCAACGAGGCCACCAAGACUCUGCUGACAGUCGUCACCCCCUCUAAAUGAUAAACAUGGAACCGCCCGAGCUCUGCAAACAAGACUGGAACAUUCCACUAUUUACUUUGCGGGGGUGUUAAUAGUGUUACUCAAUUGCACUCAUUCUAAAUAUAACUAUUUAAAAAAAUAAUAAUUCUGGAUUUUUGUUUCUUUUGGCGUAAUUUCAGAAAUCGUGCUAUUAUAUGAAAAAAUACUCUUAUAUUGAGUAAUACAUGUCAAAUAAUGUCAAAAGUCUGAAUGAAUUAAAACAAAUAAAUCAAAUUAAUGAAAACACAAACAAACAAACAAACAAAAACCAAAUAAAUACUAAUAUAUAAUACGUGUAGCCAGUUUUAGGAAGGAGAAAAAAAAGACAAAAUAGGAAAUACAUACCGUAUGUGUUAUGAUAUUAAAAGUGAGUUAUAAAUAUUAUAGUGGCUGAAUGUGAUAUUGAGGUUAUAUCUCAUCAUUGUACAGCAAUCUAGACUGAUCUGCUUGUAUAUAAAGAAAUGAAGGACUUUCUCUACAUCAGCAUGUUUUAUGUUGUUCCUGUCGGUUGCUAUGGAUAAAGUGUUUUACUCCGGACAACAGGAAGUAUGAAAAGCGUCUCUGGCAGUCCAUUCACCAAUAUUUAUACAGAAGAUGUUGGAUUAUUUGAGGAGCCAUAACACAUGUGGACCAUGGAAAAAAGUGGGCGUGGUUAUCAGGUUUGGAGUGUAUUGGUUUGUUGUACAAAACAUUGUUAAAAUCGUAUCUCCUUAAGAAAACUUUUCCUCUCUUUAUAUAGUUCAUUAGAGCAGAGCGUCCACUCCAUGUACAUAGUGCGAGUCUAUGGGUAAGAUGGGCGGGACCCAUAGGCCAAGAGUGGAGUGAAUGGGCGGGGCGUGCUAGCACAGUGAGAAACAGGUGGGCGGGGUGUGUUAGCCCAGCGGGUUACGAUGACCCCGCCCACUGCCCAACACCUAAUGACGUAAGAGGCCAUUCAACAACCUGAUGUCCAGCUGCUCAGGAGCUUCUCGUUGAUUGUGCUUCACCAUUUCUGUUCUCAGCGUAAAAGCCUCAGAGUAUUCAACCAAGAGGACAGGACACUACUGCCCACCAUUCCUGCACCAUCUCAAGGUCAGGGCAUUUAGUAAAUGUCAAUUUUCUCAUAUUUUUCUUUUUUUAAUUCAUUUCAAUGUUUCAGUACAGGUGUCUCUUUACCAAGAAGUUGGGUUCAUUGUUUACAGAUCUCUUGAUCAGAUGCUUGACACAACAAAUUGAAUAUCUACACCUGUCUAAAGGAUUGAGUGCACCAAAGGUAUCAGAAAGCUUCAUCUGUCAGAAGUGUCGAUCUGGUGCAUAAGCCAGCCAUCUGCCGUGACUGGCCGGAAUCCGCCAAAGUUCUGAGACAUCAUCAUAAGAACAAGCUAAGGAUGCUGACCCACAGGUGGAAGAAGCUUGGUGUUCCAGAUCCUGUCAGUAGUAACAGGAAGGAGCAUAUACGUGAGCAGAGCCAUAAAAAGGAGCAACUUGCAAUGAAAACCAACUCUCUGCUGAAAAUCACCCCCAUACAGGCAAGCCAAGCUGCAGCUCAAAGAGAAAAUAUGGAAACAGAUGGCUCACACUGUUUAAGUUCAAACAGCUCUGAAGUUGGACUUUCAGAAGGGAAAAUAAGUGACAAACACUCAUCGUAUAACACAUCAGGAUCAUCAGAGUGCCACACUGACCUUUCAGAUCAAGAGCAGGAAAGCAUCGAAAUGUCAAAAUGGGCAGCUGCUGUGGAAUUAGACUUAAAGCCAGAGCCUUUUGAUGAGGACUUGGGCCUGGAUUAUCAUUUCACAGAAACUGCAUUUUACCCAGAGGUUCUUCCUGCGUCACUCCUGGACUCCACACAGAAUCUUUCCUCUGAAAGUCUUGAUGUGAUUGAUCCUUGCCUUGCUUCUGUAAUAGCGCGGCUGAUUGAGCUAGAAAGGCUUCAGGCUGCUACUGUGCAGAAAGAGCGAGCAAAGCUAGCUCGACCCCGUCCAGCUACUGCUAACACACGCAACAAACGAUCGAGAAAAAAUGACCUUUCAGGAUGCAAGACAGGGAUUUCAAAGGAUGCAGAAUUCAACUCAGUUAUGUGUAGUUUUACCAAACUUAUGGUUUGUCCCAACUCUUCAUGCAGGUGCAGGAAUCCUACUUGCCCAAAACCAGGGCAAGUUGCCAGGAGCAAGUUGCCACAUCCCACCUUGCCUAAAUGUCCUGACAGUUUAUCAGGCAAAUGCAAAACAGCUGAAUCUGGGCGCCCAAAUUUCUCCGAGAACGUAAAGGUCCCACGUGUGCCAAACAGGACCAAGAGUUCAAAGACACAGAGAAGCUCAAUGUCAGCUAAAAAGGCAACAGUUCCCAACAGAAAAACUUAACCCUGUUAAUCAUCAGUGUUGGAUGUUUGUUAUUAAGGAAUUGCAGUGCUGUAUAUCUAUGGUCAGAGUUGUUUAUUGCUCAAAAUAUUAGCACUAGAAAAGAUGGAGAGAAAAAAAAAACACCACAGGAGUAUUAAA